CUAAAACUAAUGCACAAUUAUUUUGUCAAAAAAUAAAUUAAAAAAUAAAGACCAUGUUUGUUUUUGUGUAGGGAAAAGGGGAAGAACCGGAGAGAGACAGAGGGGAAAAACGUCCUAAAAAAAUAUGGGUAAGAUAGUGGAGAAGAAGAGGAAGAAGAAAGGAAGACCGUCUCUUCUAGAUCUCCAUAAACGCAACCUUAAAGAACAAGAGCAACAGCAACAGCAAAAUCGAAAUCAACAAAACAGCAAGAGAAAUGUUUCUGCCCCCCAAAUUACUCCUAAUUACGACUCUACCACUGCUACUCCUCUCCGUCGAUCCACACGCCGGAAUCCCAAUUAUUCGCUGAAGAAUAACAAUGAGGAAGACGACAACGAGGAAGAAGAAGAGGAACUGGCCGGGAAAGAGCGACGCGAGAAGAAGUUGAAGCGGGUUCUCAAGUUGCUUUCCUCGCAGCAAAAAUCACCGGUUAAUUCAGAAUCCCGCGGCCCUGAUUUUAAUCUCGAGGAGAGUAACGUGCGUUCGAGUUACAAGAAGAGGAAAAUCAAUUCGAUGGGGCAUGGAUCUGAAAUUGCAGAUUCCAAAAAGGAAGAGAAGUCCGUUUCUGGUGCAAACCCCACAAGCAUCAGCCAAGGUGUUCAGUUGGCCUCGGGACCCUCAACGGCUUUACCAGACAAAAAGCUGUUACUAUUCAUCUUAGACAGGCUUCAGAAGAAGGAUGGUUAUGGCGUGUUUUCUGAGCCAGUGGACCCUAAAGAGCUACCAGACUACCAUGAAGUUAUUGAGGAUCCAAUGGAUUUCGGAACUAUUAGGAAAAAACUUGCUAGCAGUACUUACGCCAACUUAGAACAGUUUGAGAAAGAUGUUUUCCUCAUAUGUUCAAAUGCAAUGCAGUAUAAUGCUUCUGAUACCAUAUAUUUUCGACAGGCACGAUCCAUACAAGAACUAGCCAGAAAGAACUUUGAAAAUCUAAGGCAAGAUAAUGAUGAUAAUGAAGCAGAACCAAAGGUGAUGAGGAGAGGUAGACCACCAAGCAAAAAUUUCAAGAAGCCGCUGGGCAGGUAUUCCUUGGAGCGCGCUGCAUCAGAAUUUUCCUCAGAUGCCACCCUUGCUACUGGGGCUGAGAAUGCCAUAUGGUCCAAUCAUGACACGAGGAAAGGACCUCUUGCUUCUGACAAAUCUAAUUUUGCUGAUUCAUCUGGAAAAUUUUAUGGUUUUCACAAUGAUGUUUAUUCUGGCUGGAUUACCGAAAACAAAUCUGACAGAAGUAAUGAAGGUUCUAUGUUAAAAGGUUAUGCGAUGAAGCAUGGAAAAAGACAUUUUGUACUGGAUGAGAAUAGACGUAAUGCUUAUAAGCUAUUUCACCCGUUGGCUGCCGCACGAGAGGCAUCUGUGUUGACAACUUUUAAUGGAGAGAAGAAGCAGCUAGUAGCUGUGGGGGUAUACUUAGAGCAUGGUUACACACGAAGCCUAGCUCGAUUUGGUGCAAACCUUGGUCCUGUUGCCUGGAAAAUUGCUUCUAAAAAGAUAGAAAGGUGUUUACCAGCUGGAGUAAAUUUUGGUCCUGGGUGGGUUACGGAAAAUGAUGCUCCAGCACAGAGACUGCUGCGACUGCCUUCACUUUCACUUCCUCCAGGCCAGCAGACAUCAUUGGAGCCCUGCUCUGUUCGUCAAAUUUCAUGUUCUGCUAGCGUAUCUUAUGCCCUGGAAACCAGAGAAGGUAAACAAUCUGACAAGCCUGAAGCAGAUAUUUUGUCGGAGAAGCAUGUUCCUUCAGUUCACUCUAUCUCAGGUGGCCAUUUAAGUAAGCCUAUACUGCCAUCUGGUACUACCUCCUCAUCCCUUUUGGCUGCUAAAAGAUCUGAACCCUGGAAUGAAAAGACAGAAGCCAGUGAGGGAUCUUCUGGAACUGGUUUUCACAUGACAAAUAGCAGUGCAGGAGCAGUCAGGCCGAGGCCUCCCUUACAGAUUCAUCAAAGUCCUGUAAUUCAUCCUGGCAUGAAUGGAUAUAAUGGUGCUAAUGGUUUUAACCUCCCUGCUCGGAUGGAAAAAAUACUUGGGGCUGCCAGGUCUUCUGGGUUCAGUUUCCAGUCAUCUCAGAUGCUCGAUUCUGCCUCAAGGACUUCCACUAAUUUUGUCUAUCCAGCAACUGCAAACUCAAAUUCUGAUGACCCUAGAUUUUCAGAAAAUUCAUGUACAAAGAAUUCCAGCUGUCCAUUACCAAAUUCAGGGUGUGAGACUGUGGCAGCCUCAAGAUCAGGGCUUCAUGCAGUGACAUCGUCGCAAGGAUUAUCACCACACCAGAAACCAGACUCUAGGUUGUCAUCACAACAAAAACCCAACUCAAAGUUGUCACCGCAACAGAAACCGGGUUCAGUUACACCUGACCUCAGCAUCAGAUUUCACUCUCCUGGGUCUCCUAGUUCUAGUCAAGUUGAUAAGCUCGGCCAGAUUUAGCACUGCAGCUUUGAGCAUAACUGAUACCAUUAUUUUUUCCUCUUUCAAUUACAUUAACCAUAGAAUGGUGAGUUUCCGAAUUAAUGCUCCUGGUGAAGUGACCAAACAAGCUCCGUUGACUAGGAGUGGUGGAAGCUAACUUGUAUUUGUAAACGAAUAGGUUAUUACAGAUCAGUGUAUCCUAAUUCUUAGGUCCAUAAGGAAAAAGGUUUCAUUUGUAACAUCGGAAGCCAUGAUGUGGCAUAAAUUCAUUUUCUAGAUGAAGAUGUUUACUCCAUAUCUAAAUUUGUUAUGAAGUUUCAUAAAGUAGAUUUGCUAUUCAAUACAUUGCAGUUGUGCAUUUCUGUACGUGAUGUUGAGACAAUUUGAAUAUGGGAUCUCUCUAAAUCGGAACUUUCAUGUAGGAAAAUCAAAUUUUGUUUUUACGAUUUUCGGUUUGUGGGAUUUCAUGAAAUUUAGUUUAGCCAUUGACAAUUGUUUUUAAA